GGACAGUAUCCACCUCCUCAGUGGAACACUAGUCAACCUGAGGAUAACCCUUCCGCUCAUUAUCCGCCGGCUUCACAAUACCCUUCUGCGGUCACUGACACAGUGGUCGCGUCCAGUAUCCUCCGGCUUCGUACCCUCCACCGAGUGCGGAUCACCAAUAUCCUCCGCCGCCGCAGUCACAGUAUCCGCCGCCCAACAUGGCUGCCAUUCACCCGCAUGUUCAGGGCCCGCAAGACCCCUACCGCCUUCCACCGCCCCCUGGUGCUUAUCGCCCCCCAGAUGUUUAUGCUCAAGCACCGCCCCAAGUGGUUUACCAAGCUGCCGCUCCACGACAGCGGACAGCUAUCGCUUGUCGUUACUGCCGGAGACGGAAGAUUAGGUGCUCGGGAUUCGAAAGUUCUCAGGAUGGGCGUUGCAGUAACUGUAUCCGCUUCAACCAAGAGUGCAUGUUCACACCAGUUUCCUCCCAGGCGCAAGCUUUUGUUCCUGCACAUGCUGCCUACCCACACCUGAGAAACGCACAGAACCAACCACGUGGUGGUGCCCCGGUAAUGCUUUACGGCGCUCAUGGUCAGCCUUUACCACCUCAACAACAACCUCAAGCUCCACCGGAUGCCACACUUCCCCCGCCACAGGGAAUGUAUCCCUAUAGCGCACCUCCACCCCUCUCAUCCGUCUCUCAAGAUCCUGUAAGUCCCAAGUCAUCCCUCUCCGCCGUAAAAGAUACCCUUACUCAUCGGUCCCUUUGUGAACAGAGACCUAUUGGCCGUCGCGGCUCCGGUUCUGGAUUCGAGUAUCCUGAUCCAACCAAUCUGGCACCCGUAACGCCGGCAACAUCUGCUCCAGGAUAUCAAGCGCAUUCUGCCUCAAGUCCAUACUAUCCACCCCCAGCUCAGCAUGAUCGACGUCCUUCUCCGCAGUCGGCGUAUCCUUACGAUAAUCGCCACUCUUCGUCUCCCCACAAUUCACCCUAUCCUCCUAUGCACCCUGGUCAAAGCGCGAUGACUCCCCCACCCACUUCUACUCCUGGUGGCUCGUCUCGUGGUGGCCUGAAUGUUCGUGACAUGUUGAAUCCAGGAGACAGCCAGGGUCGUUCCAGCACUGACAGUGAUAUGCUGAAUGCCCUAAACCGGCGGGGCUUGAAUCAGUAAGCCCACCAUGACACAUUCUCGAGACUCCUGCAAUGCGGUGAUGGUCUGGGUGGGAGCUGGGGUAGAUGAGUAAAUGUUGGUGCGAAUAGAC